AUGACUCAAGUUACAUUACAAUCUGAAGUUGAAAAAUUAGUUAAAGAAUUCACAAUUGAUGAAUCUACUCUCAAAGUUCUUACUGAAUAUUUUAUUGAAAGUAUUGAAGCUGGUUUAGGUCAUUCAAGUGAUGAACAUUCAAAAUCUUUACCAAUGAUUCCAACUUUUGUUACAAAAGUUCCAAAUGGUAGAGAACAUGGUACUUAUUUAGCUGCUGAUUUAGGUGGUACAAAUUUUAGAGUUUGUUCUGUUGAUUUAAGAGGUGAUUCAACUUUCCAAUUGGAACAAUCCAAGGCAAAAAUUCCUGAAGAUUUAUUAGAUGCUGAAACUUCUUCUGAAUUAUUUAGUUAUUUAGCUAAAAAAGUUAAACAAUUUGUUGAAAGACAUCAUGCUGAUCGUUUAUCAACUGAUGAAGAUAAACAUUUAAAAUUAGGUUUUACUUUUAGUUAUCCUGUUAAUCAAACUGCUUUAGGUAAAGGUACUCUUAUUAGAUGGACAAAAGGUUUCAAGAUUCAAGAUACCGUUGGUAAAGAUGUUGUUGAAUUAUUACAAAUUGAAUUAGACAAGCAACAAGUCCCAGUUAAAGUUGUUGCAUUGGCUAAUGAUACUGUUGGUACUUUAUUAUCUCAUGCUUAUGCAUCAGGUGCUUCACCAAGUGGUAAACAAGGUGAUUCAGUUAUUGGUGCAAUUUUCGGUACAGGUACAAAUGGAUGUUAUUUAGAACCAAUUGAUGAAAUUAAGAAAUUGGAUCCAAAAAUUGCAGAAGAAUUGAAAAAUAAAGGUGAAACUCAUAUGGUUGUUAAUACUGAAUGGGGUUCAUUUGAUAAUGAUUUAAAACAUUUACCAAAUUCUAUAUAUGAUGAAAGAAUUGAUAAAAUCUCAUCAAAUCCAGGUUAUCAUAUGUUUGAAAAAAGAGUUUCAGGUAUGUUUAUGGGUGAAAUCUUAAGACAAGUUUUGGUUGAAUUACAUUCAAAAGGUGUUAUUUUCACACAAUAUCCAAAUUAUGAAAGAUUACCACAUAGAUUAAGAACUGCAUUUGAAUUAGAUUCAGAAGUUUUAUCACAUAUUGAAAUUGAUGAUUCAACAAAUUUAAAAGAAACUGAAUUAUCGCUAUUACAAUCAUUAAGAUUACCAACCAUUAAAGAGGAACGUAUUGCAAUUCAAUCCAUAGUUCGUGCAAUUUCAAGAAGAUCUGCUUAUUUAGCUGCAGUUCCAUUAGCUGCUAUUUUAAUUAGAACUAAAGCAUUAGAAGGUUAUCAUAAAGAAGUUGAAAUUGGUGUUGAUGGUUCGGUUGUUGAAUAUUAUCCAGGUUUUAGAUCAAUGAUUAGACAUGCUUUAGCCUUAUCUCCAUUAGGACCAGAUGGUGAAAGAAAAGUUCAUAUUCAAAUUAGUAAAGACGGUUCUGGUGUUGGUGCUGCUUUAAGUGUUCAAAGUAGUACUUGA